GUAUCUCGUGCGCGCGCUCUCUUCAGGCACGAGGGAAACCGCACUCGAUCCCAAGAUUACACACGAGCUUCACUGUCUUCUUGACUUCACUCAUGUUGACUUAUCAUCACCCUGAACUUCUGUCUUCAGUACAUACACUAGCCUAAAAUGACCUGAAAGUGUCGUUUAUCAUAAUAUCAGCUCUAUAAAGAGCGCACGAAGACGAGAUAAGUUAAUCAAUUUAGCAAUAAAAUCCCCCAAUAGCACUGAGAGAAGGGUUCGUGCACCAAAUAAGCAUUCAAAAAACGCGUUGUUCUGCGCUGUUUACCCUCAAUGCACGGAUGAAAGAAAGCAAAGAUCGAUGUUGAGGAGCACGAGGUCGUGGGGUGUGUGACAGCUGGGCGGAGAGACUGAAACUCCGGAGGCAGCACGCGCACUGGGGUGAGUAGAGGAGGGCAGAUGUUCGGGUGAGUCGGUGCUCAGUGCUCUGUUUUUACCGAAGGAAGAGAGAGCGAGAGUCGGCGGUUCCGUUGCAGCGUGAAAAUUUUGGACGAAAGGAUGCAGCGUAACCGGAGCUUCCCCGAGAUGCACGCGCGCUGCGCGAGCUGCCUCCUACUGUGGCUGAUGAGCGCGUGCUGGACGGCGGCGGAGAUGCGGGGGUCCCAGUCAGAGAUCCCCUUAUCAGUGGUUAAACUCUGGGCUUCAGCGUUUGGUGGUGAAAUAAAAUCAAUAGCAUCAAAAUACUCUGGAUCUCAGCUCUUGCAGAAGAAAUACAAGGAGUAUGAGAAAUCGGUGCGAAUAGAGGACAUCGAUGGCGCAAAACUGGUGAAAAAUAUGGCUCAGAAUAUGGAAGAAAUGUUUCGGAAGAAAGCCGAGGCCACACGAAGGCUUGUAGAAGCCGCAGAGGAGGCUCAUCUACAGCACGAGGAGAACCCAGACUUACAGUACGAGUAUUUCAACGCGGUGCUGAUAAACGAGGUGGAUGAAGAUGGGAACAGCGUGGAGCUCGGAGGAGAGUUUCUCCUGGAGCCAGACGAUCAUUUUAAUAACCUGUCCGUCAACCUCAGCCUCAGCGUGGUGCAGGUGCCAACCAACAUGUACAAUAAAGACCCUGACAUUGUUAAUGGUGUUUAUUGGUCUGAAGCGUUAAACAAAGUUUUCGUGGAUAACUACAAAAGAGACCCAUCCCUUAUUUGGCAGUACUUUGGAAGCGCUAAAGGUUUCUUCAGACAAUACCCAGGUGUAAAGUGGCAUCCAGAUGAAAAUGGUGUCAUUUCAUUCGACUGCAGAAAUCGAAAAUGGUAUAUCCAGGCAGCCACGUCUCCUAAAGAUGUUGUGAUUCUGGUGGAUGUCAGUGGAAGUAUGAAGGGUCUAAGACUCACUAUAGCUCGACAGACUGUCGCGUCCAUACUGGACACACUGGGGGAUGACGACUACUUCAAUAUUAUCGCGUACAACCAGGAGAUUCAUUAUGUGGAACCCUGUCUGAAUGGAACCCUAGUUCAAGCCGACAGCACUAAUAAAGAUCACUUUAAAGAGCACCUGGACAAGUUAUUCGCCAAAGGAAUCGGACUGCUGGGCAAUGCGCUGAGCGAGGCGUUCACAAUCUUAAAUGAGAUUAAUCAGACUGGUCGUGGAAGUACAUGUAGUCAGGCGAUUAUGCUGAUUACAGAUGGAGCGACUGAAAUGUAUGAUGAUGUUUUUGCCAAGUACAACUUACCUGAUCGAAAGGUUCGAAUAUUCCCCUACCUGAUUGGUCGUGAAUCCGCAUUUGCCGAUAACCUAAAAUGGAUGGCGUGUGCCAAUAAAGGUUAUUUCAGCCAGAUCUCAACGCUGGCUGAUGUGCAGGAGAACGUCAUGCGAUAUUUGCAUGUGAUGAGCAGACCGAAAGUCAUUGAUCAUGAACAUGACACAGUAUGGACCGAAGCUUAUGUGGAUAGCGCACUCGCACAGGCGCACAAGCAGCUUGGAGAGAAUAAGGCUCCGAAUCCAAUAACAACGGUGGCCAUGCCUGUGUUUAGCACCAGGAAUGAGACGAAAAACCAAGGCAUCCUGCUGGGCGUCGUGGGCACUGACAUCCCCAUUCAAGAGUUAAUGAAAACCAUACCAAAACACAAGUUAGGAAUACACGGAUACGCCUUUGCCAUCACUAAUAACGGUUACAUCUUGACACAUCCUGACCUGAGGCCGCUGUAUCAGGAAGGCCAGAAAAGGAAGAAACCCAGUUACAGCAGCGUGGACCUGUCGGAGGUGGAAUGGGAAGACACAGAGGAUGUUCUGCGCACAGCAAUGGUGAACAGACGAACUGGAACUUUCUCAAUGGAAGUGAAAAGAACUGUGGACAAAGGGAAACGUGUGUUGACAAUGCACAAUGAUUAUUACUACACCGAUAUCAAAGGAACUCCAUUUAGUGUAGGUGUGGCUCUAUCUCGUGGACAUGGCAAAUACUUCUUCAAAGGCAACGUAUCACUGGAAGUAGGCCUUCAUGACUUGGAGCAACCGGAUGUUGCCCUUGCUGAUGAAUGGACGUACUGUAACACAGAUGAACGCCAUGAACACCGUCACCUCACCCAAGUUCAGGCCAUCAAAAUUUACAUGACCAGCCGUAGACCUCACCACAAAUGUGACAGAGAGCUGAUUCAGCAGGUUUUGUUUGAUGCCGUGGUCACCGCACCUUUAGAGGCGUACUGGACUGGACUGGCCCUUAACAAAUCUGAAAAUUCUGAUAAAGGAGUUGAAAUCGCCUUCCUUGGUACCCGCACUGGACUUUCCAGAACCAACCUAUUUGUCGUUCCAGAGCAGCUAACCAAUAAAGAUUUUCUCACGGCUGAAGAUAGAGAGGGCGUCUUUAACGCAGAUCAUUUUCCUCUGUGGUAUAAGAGAGCCGCAGAGCAGGUCCCCGGCACCUUCGUUUAUUCAAUUCCUUUUGGUUCAGGGGGAGAAAACAAAAGUAUUGUUUUGGCCAGCACUGCUAUCCAGCUGCUUGAUGACAGAAAGUCUCCUAUAGUGGCAGCUGUGGGGAUUCAAAUGAAGCUGGAAUUCUUUCAGAGAAAAUUUUGGACCGCCAGUCGACAGUGUAAUGCUCUGGACGGCAAAUGCAUCAUCAGUUGUGAUAAUGAGGACAUUAAGUGUUAUCUCAUAGACAACAAUGGCUUCAUUCUGGUCUCCGAAGACGUUUCUCAGACAAAUCUGUUCUUUGGAGAAGUGGAGGGAGCCGUCAUGAACAAACUUCUUCUCAUGGGCUCAUUUAAAAAGAUUACUUUAUAUGACUACCAGGCUCUAUGUAAAGAGUAUGCAGGCAGUAGUGACAGCGCCUACCAUCUACUGGAUCCCUUUUCCACUGUGAAAUGGCUUUUGACUGAACUUGUCAUAUUUCUGCUGGAGUUUAAUCUGUAUAGCUGGUGGAACUGUGGCUCUACAGUUAACGCUCAGAGAUCUCAGAGGACGAUGAUGGUUCCAUGUGACACAGAAUAUCCAGCAUUUGUGUCUGAACGCACCAUCAAAGAGACCACAGGCAACAUUGACUGUGAUGGCUGUAUACGCACAUUUGUCAUACAGCAAAUUCCCAGCAGUAAUCUGUUUAUGGUGGUUGUUGAGAAUAAAUGUGACUGUAUCUCCGCCCCUCCAGUUACCAUGGAACCUAUUGAAAUCAUUUAUAAUGAGUCACUGAAGUGUGACAGACUGAAGUUUCAGAAAGACCGCAGACGUCCACAGUCCUGUCACCCUUUCCAUCCGCAGGAGAAUGCUGUGGAGUGUGGUUCAGCGAAUACAUUGAAUUUUUCAUUGGUGGCCAUUAUAUUCCCUGUAGUGUCCUUUCUUAUCAGCAGGUGACCUCUGACCCUGGCCUUGACCAUUAGGCUUAUUUUACACCCAAAUCAGAAAGCCAUGCUUCUGCCAAACAUGAAAUCUCAGUCCACAGAGAUCAAAAUCAUCUUUGUGAUGUCUGAAUUACUAAGCAUAGAUGAUAUUUAUUGCCGUCAAAGACUGUGUUAGAAUCUGUUGAGUGUUUUAUUCUUACAUAUGGACAAGUGAAUAUAUCUGGAUAUAUUAGUGGCGCUGCCAGCCAUCACAGCUAACCGCAGUCCAUGUAGCUGUGUAGCUUUGAGAAUUUCAUACACAAUUUAGUCUUAACCUGUCCUGUGUUAAGCACAGAGAAUAACUGAGCAAAAAUGUCAUUCAUGUCGGUAUUAUUUGCCUGCCUCCCAAAUUUAAUUUAAGCUCUGAAGAUGCAUGACGUGAAAAAAUAGGAAUAUUUCACAUUGCUGUUUGUAAGAAUAGCGUACAUUGUCAUCAAAUGAUGAGAUGUGGGUUCUUCACAAACUUUAUAAGUUUUGCCUGCUUACAGUAUUUGGAAAAUGACUUUUGACUGAUUAAUCCCUUUACAUCAAAGGAAAGCCAUGUUGUGUAAAUAAAAAC